AUGUUCCGCCGCCGCUGGUCUGGUCUGCCCAAAGACCCUAAGUUCCCAUCCGACUUAAAGAAGCUUGGCUACUUCAUCAACGAUGAUGAUGAGAUCCGCAACAUUGACGAACCCGAUGUCUACUUCAAGUACUUCCUGACCAAGAAUAGCCGAGUCAACGACCGUCAACGCUUUCACUUCAACGAGGCCAUUCGGGAUGUCGUUCAUGCCCGCCUUGAGAAGGAAGACCUAACGAAGGUCCUCCUUCCCUUGGGCACGCCGGCUACGUCACCCAACGUUCCUAUCUUCACCAGCGCCAACGUUGCGUCCGCCUCCCGCGUCGUCGUCAUAUUUGGUGAGCCUUGCCAGGACCUCGGUAAUGUGGCUCUCCGUGUCGCCAAUAGAUCUGGCGGCAUCGACAGGGGCACCAUGAUAUCUGUCGUCCGAGAGCUUCAGAACCAAGCCUCAACCGCAACCGAUUCUUUUCCGCCCGGAAUCAUCCUUGCAAACGCUGGUGAGCUCUGGUGGUGGCCCGAGGGCAAGAAGGCACUGAGCCCCGUCUCCGCCACCGCUGUACCGAUGAAGAGCAUGGUUCACCACGGCCGCGCCCAUAAUCCCAAGCUUCACUCGAUCCCCAAGAACGAGAGCCCCAUGGCACACGCCCAGUCCGUUCUCGAUGAAGUCAUCCCCGCCCUCACCUCCGAGACUGCCCUUAUCGACAUCAUCGGCAUAGGUCUCAGCGCCGACAAUGUGACCAAGGCUCUCGACAACUCGGCCACCUUCGCCACCAUCGGCCACAGGAUCAACACGCUGUCUGUCUUGGGCAGCAGUACCGACGUCAACGAGCUCUCUCACCAGCCAUUCAAAGACUUCCUUGUCCGCCGCGCCCGAGCCUACAUCGCAGAUGACGCGGCUGCCCUUACACCUCUUGCCAGGCCCGGAGGCAACCCCAACACCGCGUCGUUCACACAGCACGGCUGCACCGUCUUCGCCUCGGGAGAGGCCUACUACAUCGAGAUGAUGCUCAUUACCAGUCGCACCCCGAUUCUUGCCUGGCCUGAGGAAGUUGCCAAAGCGGGCUCCGAGUACCGUCAUCCCGAUGUCGUACCCGUCGACCCGCCUGUCCCUACAGAAGAGGAAUGGGCUGCUACCACAUCUGCCUUCGACGCAGCCUGGGAGAAAAUGCCUGAGUUCGCCAAACCCAGUCUGGGUUACGCUAUCCCACGGGAAGCCGCCGAGGAAGCCCAGGCACUGGAGGGGUUGCAAGAGCACAUUGAGGCCCAGGUUCAGAAGCAGCUGGCUGAGGACCCCGACACCAAGGACAACGGUCGUGAUGCCGAUGAUCAAGCCAAUGAAACUGCUAGUUAUGGCAUCUCAGUUCCUGCAGCUUCGGCGCGAAUCGCUGUUUGA